GCUGCCAAGAUGGAGCUGGUGCAGGUCCUGCGGCGGGGGCUGCAGCAGGUCACCGGCCACGGCGGCCUCCGCGGCUACCUGCGAGUUUUCUUCAGGGCCAAUGAUGUGAGGGUUGGGAAAUUAGUGGGUGAAGACAAAUAUGGAAAUAAGUAAUACGAAGACAACAAGCAGUUUUUUGGUCGUCACCGAUGGGUCAUAUACACUACGGAAAUGAACGGCAAGAACACCUUCUGGGACGUGGACGGAAGUAUGGUGCCCCCUGAAUGGCACCGUUGGCUUCACUGUAUGACUGAUGAUCCUCCAACAGAAAAACCACCAAUUUCUCGCAAAUUUAUUUGGACGAACCAUAAAUUCAACGUGAGUGGCACUCCAGAACAAUAUGUACCUUAUUCCACCACCAGAAAGAAGAUUCACGAAUGGGUCCCACCAUCUACACCUUAUAAGUAAAGAUAAUGACAGAUAAUUGAACAUGUGAAAUAAGGAGCUUUUCAUCAUGUACUUGUACUUCUGUUGUUGAUUAACUUGAUUAAAGUUGUUUCAUUGUAAAAAAAAAAAA